AUGGCUCUAGACCGGAGGUGGAUUCAAAAUUGGAAGUUGCCAGACAGCUUCCUUAGAUAUGACAAUUCAAAAAAGAUGGAGAGGCUUAAUACCAAAUGGCCACCCACCCCCCCCCAUUGGCUCAAGCUCAAUUUUGAUGGUGUUGCUCGUAGUGGUUUUGCGACAGGGGGUGGAAUUAUUAGAGAUAGUCUGGGUAACCUGGUCUUGGCCUAUGUUGGGAAUUUUGACUCUGUUUCGAGCAACAUGGCGAAGGCUCUUGCUCUUUUUGGGGGGUUGAAGCUGGCCCUGAGCACCAAAGCCAGGAAAUUGAUUAUUGAAGGGGAUUCUAAAGUGAUUAUUGAGGCUACUAAAGGCGCCUCAGGGAUCUGCUGGAGAAUCAAAAAUGUUAUCAAAGACAUCUGGUCAAUGAUCGUCUGGCUGGAAGAUUUUAAAAUUCAGCAUAUCUUCAGAGAGGGGAAUGGGGUGGCGAAAUCUCUGGCUGAGACAGGGCUAGAGAUAAAAGGAAUUAGGUGUUGGAAGCACCUAGGCUCUCUUACUGACAAGCAGAAGGACCUUAUUGGGACUGAUCAAAUUGCCUCUAUCAACAAUGAAGUGUCAACUUCCUUUUUCCAAUAG